AUGGCUGUCCACGGUACACUCGUUCUCGCCCUGGCGGCUUGUUCAUCAGCCUCUACCCUCUACUCGACUUACAGCUUCAAUCCGCUGCAGCAUCUUGCUGGCAUAUCACCCUACUUUGAGCCUCAAGACCCCCCGCUGUCACCAGACGCCCCAAUUGGAUGUACAGCAGAGCGAGCCGCUUACUUGAUUCGCCAUGCCGCGAUAUAUGCAAAUGACUUUGACUACGAGAAGUAUAUCGAGCCAUUUUUGGAGAAGCUCGAGAAUACGACAAGCGUCGACUGGGCUAAAAUACCGCCCUUGAAUUUCUUGGCCGAUUGGUCUGCACCCGUCUCCGAAGCCGAAUCUGAGAUUCUCACUCGGGUGGGAAAACUCGAAGCAACCCAGCUCGGAGUCGACCUGGAAUUCAGGUAUCCAAAUCUGCGGUUACCCCAACGGGUCUGGACAUCCUCGGCAGAGCGCACAUUAAAGUCUGCACAAUCUCUGGUGCGGGGCCUUGAACUUGAUGACAACACUAUCAACGUUGUCAAUGUCUCUGAAUCCGAGAGUUCAGGUGCCAACAGCCUCACUCCAUACAAGAGCUGUCCGGCCUAUUCUUCGUCUGCGGGAAGCGACGAAAGCUCCGUCUUCCAGGAGCGAUAUGCUAAGCCCAUCCUCGCUCGUUUCAAUAACCUGGCUCCAGGGUUCAACUUCACCGUCUCGGAUGUUUUCGCCAUGCAGCAAAUAUGUGGCUAUGAAACCGUCAUUCGCGGUAAAUCUCCGUUCUGUAGCACGGACCUGUUUACACCCGAUGACUGGCUCGGAUGGGAGUAUGCGGAGGAUGUCAGAUACCAUUACAAUGUUGGGUAUGGCAACAAUGCGGCUGGCUAUGUCGGGCUCCCUUGGUUCAACGCGACAGCCAGUUUACUUCUAGAGGACGGGGAGAUUGAGCAGGAUCUGUACGUCAGCUUCACGCACAGAGAACUGCCUCCGAUGGUACUCGUAGCCAUGGGCCUAUUCAACAACUCUGAAUUUGGCGGCAGCGAUUCCACGAUCAACAGCACGAUGCCACUGGACCGAAUAAACCACGCGCGUGCGUGGAAGAGUUCGAAUAUUUUACCGUUUCUCACCAACAUUGCAAUUGAGAGAUUCAACUGUACAAAUAGCUAUGGGUAUGACGACGGCGAUUACUACCGAGUUCUGGUCAACAGUUCCCCGCAGCAAUUGUCUGGUUGCAAUGAUGGACCGGGGACGGCAUGUUCUAAGAAGGCUUUCCAGACUUAUCUCAAGGAGAGAGUGGAUCAAUUUUCGGGGUUCUCGAAGAAUUGCGGGAAAGGAGAUGGCAAUGGAACUGAGGUGGUGUCAUUUUACACAGAUCAGGUAUAUGGGAAUGGAACGCUGGUUGGGAAAUAG